UCUGCAAUUUUUUUGCCGUUCAUAUACCUCGGCUUUUCACCAAAGCGGGUUAAACGUGUGUCUACGCGAUCAACGAAUUCAGUGGACGGCGUUUUGGUGGAAAAUGUAACCCUGCGAUAUGAUGGGUGUUUUUUUACAAUAGAGGGAUUUCUACAUAUUUAUUUGUUGGAAUUCUCUGAGCAGUGACACCUCACCGUCAUUUUAGUUUUUGCACUGUCCGUCGUUUCCUAUGGUUGGGUCGUUCGCCUGCGGAUCCCCUUGAGAAGAAAACUCUGCCUGGAUAGCAGAAAACUAUUGUACAGAAACAAAAGCAGGAGAAGCCUGAACCGCAGCCAUGUCUGGGGCCUCAGUGAAAGUGGCAGUGAGAGUGCGGCCCUUCAACUCCAGGGAAACCGGCAAGGAAUCAAAAUGCAUCAUUCAAAUGCAAGGCAACUCCACCACUAUUUUGAACCCCAAAAACCCAAAGGAACCCGCAAAGUCCUUCAGCUUUGAUUACUCCUACUGGUCACACACCACGCCGGAAGACCCCACCUUCGCCUCACAAUGUCUGGUGUACAAUGACAUUGGGAAGGAGAUGCUACAGCACGCCUUCGAGGGCUACAACGUCUGCAUCUUUGCCUACGGACAGACGGGGGCUGGAAAGUCCUACACCAUGAUGGGCAAGCAGGAGGAGGGCCAGGAGGGCAUCAUUCCUCUGCUCUGUGAAGAUCUCUUUGAGAAAAUCAAUGACAACAACCAGGAGGAGCUCUCGUACUCUGUGGAGGUCAGCUACAUGGAGAUUUACUGUGAGAGGGUGCGGGACUUGCUGAACCCAAAGAACAAGGGGAACCUGCGUGUGCGGGAGCACCCCCUGCUGGGCCCCUACGUGGAGGACCUGUCCAAACUGGCCGUCACCUCCUACACUGACAUCGCCGACCUGAUGGACGCUGGCAACAAGGCCAGGACGGUGGCAGCCACCAACAUGAACGAGACCAGCAGCCGGUCCCACGCCGUCUUCACCAUCGUCUUCACACAGAGGAAGCACGACAGUGAAACUGACCUCUCCACUGAGAAGGUCAGUAAGAUCAGCCUGGUGGAUCUGGCAGGAAGUGAGCGUGCGGACUCCACAGGCGCUAAGGGGACCCGGCUAAAGGAAGGGGCGAACAUUAACAAAUCUCUGACCACGCUGGGGAAGGUCAUCUCUGCACUGGCUGAGGUGGAUAACUGUACCAGCAAGAGCAAGAAGAAGAAGAAGAGUGACUUCAUUCCGUACAGAGACUCCGUGCUGACGUGGCUGCUUCGAGAAAAUUUGGGUGGAAACUCCAGGACCGCCAUGGUCGCUGCUCUCAGUCCUGCAGACAUCAACUACGAUGAGACCCUCGGCACACUGCGAUACGCAGACAGGGCCAAACAGAUCAAGUGCAACGCUGUGAUCAACGAGGACCCCAACGCCAAGCUGGUGCGUGAGCUGAAGGAUGAGGUGACACGUCUCAGAGACCUGCUGCGGGCUCAGGGCCUGGGAGACAUCCUGGACAACCUGAAAGACAUACACAACAAUAAGAAUAGGUACUUGCUAUCGUCAGAGAACCAACGGCCUGGCCAUGUCUCCACAGCGCCCAUGGGCUCGCUCACCGCCUCCCCCUCGCUGGGCUCGCUCUGUGGCCAGCUGGGCCUGCUGUCCGUCACCAGCAUCCAGGAGCGCAUCAUGUCCACGCCCGGAGGGGAAGAGGCCAUCGAGCGGCUCAAGGAAUCGGAGAAGUUCAUCGCCGAGCUCAAUGAGACCUGGGAGGAGAAGCUGAGGAAGACUGAGGCCAUCCGCAUGGAGAGAGAGGCGCUCCUGGCGGAGAUGGGCGUGGCUAUCCGGGAAGAUGGAGGCACUCUGGGCGUGUUCUCGCCGAAAAAGACUCCUCAUCUCGUUAAUCUGAACGAAGACCCUCUGAUGUCAGAGUGUCUGCUGUAUUACAUAAAAGACGGCCUCACAAGGGUGGGCCUGGCAGAUGUGGAGAGAAGGCAGGAUAUUGUCUUGAGUGGCGCCCACAUCAAAGAGGAGCACUGCAUCUUCCGCAGCGAGAGGAACCUCAAUGGAGACGUUGUGGUCUUGCUCAUACCUUGCGAGGCAUCAGAGACAUACGUCAACGGCAAGCGCGUGGACUCGGCAGUGCAGCUUCGCUCAGGAAACCGCAUCAUCAUGGGCAAGAACCACGUGUUCCGGUUCAACCACCCGGAGCAGGCGCGAGCGGAGCGGGAGAAGACCCCCUCCGCAGAGACCCCCGUGGAGCCAGUGGACUGGACCUUCGCCCAGAGAGAGCUUCUGGAGAAGCAAGGCAUCGACAUGAAGCAGGAGAUGGAGAAGAGACUGACUGAAAUGGAGAUUCUGUACAAGAAGGAGAAAGAGGAAGCAGAUCAGCUUCUGGAACAGCAGAGAUUGGUGUAUGAGAGCAAACUACAGGAACUGCAGAAGCAGGUGGAGACCCGCUCGCUGGCUGCUGAGACCCCUGAUGAAGAGGAGGAGGAAGAGGAGGAGGAGGAAGUUCCUUGGACGCAGCACGAGUUUGAGCUGGCCCAGUGGGCCUUCAGGAAGUGGAGGUACCACCAGUUCACCUCUCUCAGGGACCAGCUGUGGGGAAGCGCCGUGUACCUGAAGGAGGCUAACGCCAUCAGUGUGGAGCUCAAGAAGAAGGUGCAGUUCCAGUUUGUUUUGCUGACGGACACCCUGUACUCGCCCCUGCCCCCCGAACUCUUGCCCCCCGAGCCCGAGAAGGAGCGCGAGCCCCGGCCUUUCCCCCGCACCGUGGUGGCGGUGGAGGUCCAGGACCUGAAAAACGGGGCCACGCACUACUGGUCCCUGGAGAAGCUCAAGCAGAGGCUGGACCAGAUGAGGGAGAUGUACGACCGCGCCGGGGAGAUGACCCCGUCCAACCAGGAGGAGAGCGAGGGCCCAAUGACCGGGAGCGACCCCUUCUACGACCGCUUCCACUGGUUCAAGCUGGUGGGGAGCUCCCCGAUCUUCCACGGCUGCGUGAACGAGCGUCUGGCGGACCGCACGCCGUCGCCCACCUUCUCCGCGCCCGACUCGGACGUGACGGAGCUGGCCGACGAGCGGCGGAGCGAGAUGGAGGACUUCCUGGACGACGAGGCCUUCGCGGACGACGCCAGCUCCGACGCCGGCACCGAGGAGGGCUCCGACAUCUUCAGCGACGGCCAGGACCCCUUCUACGACCGCUCGCCCUGGUUCAUUCUGGUGGGAAGGGCCUUUGUGUACCUGAGUAACCUGCUGUACCCCGUUCCCCUGGUGCAUCGCGUGGCCAUCGUGACGGAGAAGGGCGAGGUGCGAGGCUUCCUACGCGUGGGAGUCCAGGCCAUCGCAGCUGACGAGGAGGCCCCUGAUUACGGGUCCGGAGUGCGACAGUCUGGAACCGCCAAGAUCUCCUUCGAUGAUGAGUACUUCAAAACGAGUGAUUUCUCCACAGUGGCCAUGACUCGCUCUGGCCUCUCGUUGGAGGAGCUUCGCAUUGUGGAGGGUCAAGGUCAAAGUUCAGAGGUCAUCACACCCUCGGAGGAAAUGAAUAGAAUCAAUGACAUGGAGCUGAAGCGGGGGAACAGGGACACGAAGGCGGGCCUGUCGGAGGGGCUGGGGGGCCAGCUGGAGGUGGGCAGCAUCUUCACCUUCCGCGUGACCGUGCUGCAGGCCAGCGCGAUCCUGCCCGAGUACGCAGACAUCUUCUGCCAGUUCAACUUCCUCCAUCGCCAUGACGAGGCCUUCUCCACCGAGCCCCUGAAGAACACUGGGAAGGGCAGUCCGCUGGGCUUCUACCACGUCCAGAACAUUGCGGUGGAGGUGACGGAGUCCUUCAUAGAGUACAUAAAGACCAAGCCAAUCGUGUUCGAGGUGUUUGGACACUACCAGCAGCACCCUCUGCACCUGCAUGGACAGGACCUCAUCAGGCCACCUCAGCCUUCCAGGAAGUACUACCCCCCACCCAUGCCUCUGUCCAAACCAGUGCCGGCCACCAAACUGAAUGCCAUCAGCAAGUCUAACCUGGGCCACUGCGUCAGCAAGUACGACCUGCUGGUGUGGUUCGAGAUCAGCGAACUGGAGCCCACAGGAGAGUACAUUCCUGCUGUUGUGGACCACACCGGGGCCCAGCCCUGCCAUGGAACCUACCUUCUGCACCAGGGAAUCCAGCGGCGGAUCACGGUCACCCUGAUCCACGAGAAGGGCAGCGAGCUGCACUGGAAGGACGUGCGGGAGCUGGUGGUCGGUCGGAUCAGGACCAAGGCGGAGGUGGACGACACUGCAGCAGAUGCUGUCCUGUCCCUCAACAUCAUCUCAGCCAAAAACAUUAAGUCCUCUCACAACUCCAACAGGACUUUCUACAGGUUUGAGGCAGUGUGGGACAGCUCCUUACACAACUCUCUCCUCCUGAACCGCGUCACUCCCUACGGAGAGAAGAUCUACAUGACUCUGUCUGCUUAUCUGGAGCUUGACCACUGCAUCCAGCCGGCCAUCAUCACCAAAGACAUCUGCAUGGUGUUCUACUCCCGAGACGCCAAGAUCUCCCCGCCUCGCUCCCUCAGGAGCCUGUUCGGCAGCGGGUACUCCAAGAGCCCGGACUGCAACAGAGUGACGGGAAUCUAUGAGCUGAGCCUGUGCAAGAUGGCUGACACAGGAAGCCCAGGCAUGCAGCGGAGGAGGAGGAAGGUGUUGGACACGUCGGUAGCGUACGUGAGGGGGGAGGAGAAUCUGGCAGGCUGGAGGCCCAGGGGGGACAGCCUAAUUCUGGAGCACCAAUGGGAGCUGGACAAGCUGGAGCAGCUGCAUGAGGUGGAGAAGACGCGGCACCUCCUGCUCCUGCGGGAGAAGCUGGGCGAGGCGGCGCCCAAAUCGCUGAGCGACUCGCUGUCCCCCAGCGCCAGCAGCGGCACGCUCAGCACCUCCACCAGCGUCUCCUCGCAGAUCUCCAGCACCACCUUCGAGAGCGCCCUGACGCCCAGCGAGAGCAGCGGCUACGACUCGGCCGACAUCGAGAGCCUGGUGGACCGCGAGAAGGAGCUGGCCACCAAGUGCCUGCGGCUCCUGACUCACACCUUCAACAGCGAGUACAACCAGCUGUGCAGCAGCAUCAGUGACUGCAAGCUGUCGGACAUCUCCCCCAUGGGCCGCGACCCGUCCGUGACCAGCCUCAGCAGUGCUACCCUCACCCCCUCCUCCACCUGCCCCUCCCUGGCUGAAUCCCGCUGCAGCUCCGUCGACCAGAAGACCCCGGAGGCUAACUCCCGCGCCACCAGCCCCUCCUGCUCGGACUACGAGAACUUCCCCAUGGUGGCCACGGUGGAGACCUCCUACCUGGCCCGCGCCGGCAAGAACGAGUUCCUCAACCUGGUUCCCGACAUCGAGGAGAUGAGGCCUGGGUCCGUCGUGUCUAAGAAGGGCUACCUCAGCUUCAUGGAGCCGCGCUCCAACUCCUGGGUGAAGCACUUUGUGGUGGUGCGUCGGCCGUACGUCUUCAUCUACAACAGCGACAAGGACCCCGUGGAGCGGGGCGUGCUGAACCUGUCCACCGCCCAGGUGGAGUACAGCGAGGACCAGCAGGCCAUGCUCAAGACUCCCAACACAUUCGCUGUGUGCACUAAACACCGAGGAAUCCUCCUCCAGGCUAAUAAUGACAAAGAUAUGAAUGACUGGCUGUAUGCCUUCAACCCACUGCUGGCAGGAACUAUAAGGUCCAAGCUGGCGAGGAGGCGGUCCGGCCUGCUGAAGAAGUGAGAGAGAGAGAGAGACUUCUCGUCCCGAGUGUAGGAAACAGUGCUCCUGUCCCUCUCACAAAGCCUUUGAACAUACCGAGUGUUAACACUUACUAAUCUUUGUGAUUAUUGAUGGUUUUCUCUUGUAUGUAGACUUGUGGCUUAAGUCUCCUCUCAAGCAACUUAAGUUCCUGAAAAACCCAUGCCUCUCUAUCUCUCUCUCUCUCCUGGCCCUGUAGCUCUCCCUCUCUCCUUCUCUCUCUCCUAGCCUCUUGUAUUCUCUUCCGUUGUGUGUUCCUUUCCUUUCUUUUCACCCUUCUACUAGUUGCAUGUCGUAAAGUGGUCUGUGUGUGCACGAUACUUCAGAACAGCUCUUCUCUCCACGCUCCUCAGUUACUUAAGUGCGUGUAAAGAUUGUCCUUCAUUCAGUGUUAAGUCAGGAACUUUCUUGUGCCCGCAUAAAACGAGCAGCAGUCCACAGGAGAAGGCCGGCUUUGCUCACAGAGGCGAUACAAACGGGAGGUGAACGCGACACUCCGCGAGCACUGCCCCUGUCAUCCCUUUCCCGGCUGCUGGACGUUCAGCCAGUUUUUAACCAACGCCAAGAUGGCUCACAGAAAUGAGUUCAUGAGCUGAAUUUCCAUCUGGUUUUUGAGCAAUGUAUUAUAACUGAACAGGUCAAAUAGCUCUGUGUACUGGUGUAAUGUGAGUUUUCAACUAGGGAUCCCUUAGGAAAAUGAAAAAGAAUAAAUAUCAAUGUAAAUAUAAUAUAAAAUUUUAGCUCACUUGCAAUAACUAUCAACAUGAACCGAAUUGCAAAUAAUAUGCUUGCUAUAGCUAACACAUAGUUCGCAUAUGUGAGCUACAGCAACAUACUGCGCAGGUUACACGUUUGCCAAGAGGGGUGGGAGGGUCCCUGAUCUGUCAGUCCCGCUAGAGCGAGCAGGUCCUGGCUUAAAUAAGGUACAAACCCACUUCACAAGAACCAUGACGUCAAAAUGGACUAAAGGAGAUGGAUCCCCUGCCCCUCUGUCUGGUACCUGUGUGUACUGUUCAGUACCUUCUGUCAGUGCUGUGUAACAUUAAAUUAUAUUUUAGUGUUCAGCAUCAACAGUGAUAUUACAUGAAAUGCAUGUCCUUUUGACAGUUUUUAGGAAUCCAGUGUAAGUUACUGACAGAUUGAUGGCUAAUGAAUAUAUACAAAUAUUUCUACAUCACAAAAUGCAUGACUGGUCAACAAAAAGGGUUGUGUGGAAGAAUCACAGAGAAUGCCCUUGCUGCAAUAUGGGGGGGAUGAAGGGCCUGUCCCUGAUUGGUCCAACAUCCUGCAGACAAGGCCCCAUGUGUAAUAGAUUACCCAAACUGGUAACAGAUUACAGAUCCCCCAGGGGCCAAACUUAGUGAUGAGAUUCCUACACCGGCCUCUGUGCAGAAGAUGUUUGAAUACCUGGCUUAACGAGGUCAGUUUGUUGUGACCUUCUUAAUUAUUUGAUGAAGGUACUCUUAACUGCAUUAUGGUCAUGAAUUUUGUGUUUCUGGUUCAGGCCUUGCAGGUUAUUUAAAUGAAAUGAAGUGCUGUACUGUACGUUGACGUAGGACCAGAUUCAUUCUCCAUUUUAUAGCAGUUGGACCUCAAUGUAAUGAAGAGUAUGCACCCUUGGUGCUACAUUGAUUCACAUAAGUUCUUCAUUUUGUUUUUUGUUUUUUAAUGUUUGUACCUAUAUCAAGUUUUGCAAAGAGAUGAAUGCACAUGGAAGGUGGAUCAUGCCAGCUACAAUGCUCUGAUGUUGUUUUGCACAUUAUGUUCUUGAGUGUAUGGAACAGAUUGAGAUGACAAGAAACAGUGCAAGUAAAGCCUGGAGUUUACACUUGCUACUUGUGCAAGCACUGGUGGAACCUAUGUUUAGAUCUAACAGUGGGAUUUCCAAUAUUUCUAAUAUAAUACUGUGGAAUGUGUUUGGAGACAAAGGGAUGGAAAAUGCUCUGAACAUUAUUUUUUAUUUUUUAUAUUGGAUAUUUAUUAAACUUCGCUCUCACAGAUCUAGCUCCUGUAAAGGUAUUAAAGUUCUGAAGUGGAGGGAGUGAGUGGUGCAAGCGAGUAUGUCUCUUCCUCAAAGUCGCAUUACGUCGAGGUUUGAUGUAUGCGGACAAGUAAGAUGCAGGACCGCUGGCUAGCCAACCAGUAGGGCCUGUGCUUAAAACACCCUGGGAGGAUGACGUCUCUAUGGGCUGUUUAACAGGAGCCCCAGGUUACUGUUGCUCCAGUACCUCCCUCUGCAUUACAUUCCACUGUAGAAAAGCCAGAAUGGAGAAGACUUUUUGUUUCCUCCCUUAAGUCGUUGGAUUUCUGAAGACGGUUUCACAGACACCAAGUUAAAAAAUGUUUUGUCUCUGAGGUCAGCCAGCCUCUAGAGAAAACAUGACC